GGUCAGUACCGGGUUCUUACACCGUUCCUCACCAACCUUGCUCUCCAUCAACACUACUACCACCACCGCCGCCGCCAGGCCGUUCUUGCUCGUGGUCCACGUCGCCAUGCUUUCAAAGCGUAUCAUCGCCGUCGCGCAACGUCGCGGGUUACUCGAUGUAACCUCUGUUCAGUGUAUGAAGGGACUAGGAGUUGCAGCUGCACGUACACGUCGUGCACGCUUUCAUUCGUCAAGAUUGUUGCAGGCGGAGACUGUCAAGGUACCUCAGAUGGCAGAGUCCAUUACCGAGGGAACACUCAAGUCAUGGAUAAAACAAGUUGGCGAUACUGUAGAGGCCGAUGAGGAAGUAGCAACCAUUGAGACCGACAAGAUUGACGUGUCCGUGAACGCUCCUCAAUCCGGCAAGAUUGUAGAACUCUUGGCAGCGGAGGAAGACACUGUGACUGUUGGCCAAGACUUGUUUGUUCUUGAACCCGGUGAGACGGGUGGUGCCGCUGCACCUCCACCACCACCAAAGGAGGACACACCUAAAGCCCCCACGGAACCUAAACAGCAACAGGCGGAGAAGCCUCCUGCACACCCUGCACCCGAGAAGAAACCCUCAGAGCCCAAACAAGAAACUAAGAAGGAGCUUAAAAAGGAAGCAGAACAGCCCAAACCUGCGCCUACCGCAGGCAGCAGGAAUGAGACGAGAGUCAAAAUGAAUCGCAUGCGCCUGAGAAUUGCUGAACGAUUAAAAGAGUCGCAAAAUGCUGCGGCUUCGUUGACGACGUUCAACGAGAUUGAUAUGUCCUCGCUUAUCUCCAUGCGGGCAAAAUACAAGGAAUUAAUCUUGAAGGAGCAUGACGUCAAGCUCGGGUUCAUGAGCGCGUUCGCAAAGGCAUCUGCAUUGGCACUGAAAGAGAUUCCGGCAGCAAACGCGUCUAUCGAGGGUGACGAGAUUGUAUAUAGGGAUUACGUUGAUCUCAGCGUCGCCGUUGCUACACCGAAGGGUCUUGUCACACCUGUGGUCAGGAACUUGGAGACAAUGAACUUCUUGCAGAUCGAGAAAGAGAUUGCUGCGCUGGGUAAGAAGGCAAGAGAUGGAAAGUUGACGCUUGAGGAUAUGGCUGGUGGAACCUUCACGAUAUCCAAUGGAGGUGUCUUCGGAUCUCUCUUUGGAACUCCCAUUAUUAACCUUCCCCAGUCGGCUGUGCUGGGCAUGCACGCCGUAAAAGAGAAACCUGUAGUCGUCAAUGGCCAGAUCGUUAUUCGCCCCAUUAUGGUCGUUGCACUGACAUAUGAUCAUCGGUUGUUGGAUGGUCGUGAGGCUGUCACUUUCCUCGUUAAAAUUCGAGACUAUAUCGAAGAUCCCAGGAAAAUGCUCCUCGCCCCUUAAACGACGCCGCUAAUGUACUUUCAGGACUGAAAAAGUGUGAUCUGAUGUUCUAAUGCAUUGCAUCUCUUUCCAUCGAAAGCAGCACUUGGUCCGAAAUCGUAUUGAAUACCCAUCGGAAUUUUGACUUGCAAGUUUUCUGUAGCCCCA